AUGUCUCGACACGAUCAUUUCUCAACCCGAGCGAUCCACAUCGGAUCUGAACCUGAUCCAUCUACUGGUGCCGUCGUACCCAGCUUGAGCGUAGCUACGACUUUCAAGCAAGAUGGAGUCAACAAGCUUCUCGGUGGAUACGAUUAUUCUCGUUCUGGUAAUCCAACUAGAUCAGCGUUAGAAUCGCUCCUCACUUCACUCGAGACUUGUCCUUCUCAGACUAUCUCCAACGAUGCGAGACACGAUGCUUCCGGAGGAGAGAGUCUGGUAUUCGCCUCUGGAUCAGCUGCGACCGCUGCUAUAGCCCAGUGGGUGACUUUGUCAGAGAAAGAAGGAGGUGCAGGUGGGAAAGAUGGGAAUGGACAUGGUGGACAUAUCCUUGCUGUCAAUGAUGUUUACGGUGGUACGGCCAGAUAUCUCGCUCGAGCUAGUGGACCUACAGGAUUAGAAGUUACAUUCCUGAAUAUGGAAAAAGCUGGUGAGAAGGGGAUCAGAGAAGCUAUCAGACCAGAUACCAAGUUAAUCUGGCUCGAAUUACCUACCAACCCGUUACUUCUUGUUCCACCUGUCCGAUUGAUUUCCAACAUCGUCCAUUCCCUGCCAUCUGACACUCGGCCACUGAUCCUGAUCGAUUCGACAUUCCUGUCGCCAUACUAUUUCACACCGUUAAUUCCAUCUAAUGGUGAUCACCCUCUGGCAGAUAUAACCAUGUCAUCAUUAUCGAAAUACUCUUCCGGUCAUUCAGAUAUAAUCUUAGGUUCUCUGACGAUCUCCCCGUUGACUAACAAAGUUCGACCCAAUCUGCUAAAGGGAUUGAGAUUUUUGCAGAAUGCGAUGGGAGCAUCACCUUCACCUAGAGAUUGUCAUCUGAUGAUCCGAAGUAUCAAAACUUUAUCAGUUAGGAUGAUCAAACAUGGUUUGAACGCUUUGCGAUUAUCGCACUGGUUAUCUACCCAAACCGAUUUGGUCGAAAGAGUCCGAUAUCCAGGAUUGAAGACUGAUGAAUCCUUUGAAUACGUUCAAGAUCUCAUAUCGAAGAAUGCCAAAAAAGAAUUAUCUUAUCUAGGUUGGAAAUUCCCCUUUCCCCUCAAAAACACGGAGACGGAAGGUAUAGAAGAAGAUAGUUUGAAUUUUACUAGGACUUUGGGUAUACCGUUUGGUGGGAUGAUCACUUUUGCUAUCAAGGGCGCGACUGCUCAACAAGCUGAAAUGUUCUGUACGGAAUUGAGGAUCCCUAUUUUGGCGGAGAGUCUGGGUGGAGUGGAAAGUUUGGUAGAGGUUCCAUAUGGGAUGACACAUGCUCACCUCCCCCAAGAAACUCUCAAAGAGUUGAAUAUCACUCCUAAUUUGAUCAGAUUCAGUGUCGGGAUUGAAGAUUACGAUGAUUUGGUGGAAGACAUCCAGCAAGCUCUGCGGGCUGCUCAGGGACAGGUCAAUGGUGAUGGACAUGCCUGA